UUUGUGUUAAAGACGGUGGACAGACAAGAACGUUGGUGCUAAAAAAAAAAAAAAAUAUUUGUUAAAACAAUUAUAUAUUUAUUUAAAAAAAGUUAAAUAACAAUAAAAGUAUUAGAAAAAAUUUAAGUUUAUAAAAAUAGUGAUAAAAAAAAUUCAAUUGAAAUUUUACGGUGCCAGAAAAAGAGACUAAAAACAUAUAAAAGAAAUUAUAAAAAAAAGUUUUUAAAAAAGUUUAUAAAAUUUCUGUUGUUAACAAAUUAUGUUUAUUAAAUUAACAAAAAAAUUUGUAUAAAUAAUUAAAUAUUAAUUAAAGAAAAUGUCUUCAUUUCAAAAUGAUCAUGGUGAAUAUGUAUGGGUGAAACCCCAACCCCAGCAAAUAAAUGAAAUCGAAUUUGCGGUACCUUUUGGGGCUCGUAUAGUGCGCACCGAUAAGACGCGAACUUUGAUUUGUGACGAUGACAACAAACAGUAUUGGGUGGAUAAUAAUGACAUUGUCAAGGCCAUGCAUUUGACAUCACAAACGGGCGUCGAAGAUAUGAUAACACUUGGUGAUCUGCAGGAAUAUACAAUAUUAAGGAAUCUAGAGAUAAGAUAUCGUGAGAAAAAGAUUUAUACCUAUACCGGUUCCAUGUUAGUGGCCGUUAAUCCCUACCAAGUCUUACCCAUCUACACGAAUAAAGAAAUAACCGAAUAUCGGGGCAAGAAAAUCAAUGACUUACCGCCACAUAUCUUUGCCAUUAGUGACAAUGCUUUCCAGGAGAUGAAUCGCGAUAAAGCCAAUCAAUGUAUAGUUAUAAGUGGAGAAUCUGGGGCUGGUAAAACAGAAAGUACAAAACUGAUACUACAAUAUUUGGCAGCGAUAAGUGGUAAACAUUCUUGGAUUGAACAACAGAUUAUCGAGGCUAAUCCCAUAAUGGAAGCCUUUGGUAAUGCCAAAACUGUACGCAAUGACAAUUCCUCACGUUUUGGCAAAUACAUAGAUAUACGUUUCACCGAGGCGGGCAAUAUACAGGGUUCAAAAAUAGAGCAAUAUCUGCUGGAGAAAUCACGUAUUGUUUCGCAAAGUCAAGAUGAAAGAAAUUAUCAUAUAUUCUAUUGCAUGUUGGCGGGUCUAUCUGCAGAAGAGAGAAAACGUUUGGAACUUACCGAAACCUCACCCACCAAAUAUCACUAUUUAGCUCAAGGAGGUUGCACUACACUUAAGGGGAAAAACGACAUGAAAGAUUUUGCUGACAUAAGAUCGGCCAUGCAGGUUCUUUCCUUUAAACCGGAAGAAGUUUGGAAUAUUUUCACCAUGCUGGCGGCCAUUUUACAUUUGGGAAACUUACAUUUUAAAGCAACAGAAGUACAAAAUAUGGAAGCUGCUGAGGUCAAUGAUAACACUAAUGCUAAUAGAAUAUCUUCCUUAUUGGGCGUAACAAAAGAGGCCUUAUGUACCGCUUUAGUACAAAAGACCAUUUUGGUGCACGGUGAACAUGUUGUGACGCCCCUCUCCAAAGAAUCGGCUUUAGAAGGCAGAGAUGCUUUUGUCAAGUCUCUAUAUGGCAGCAUAUUUGUCAGGAUAGUUCAGCGUAUAAAUGAAACAAUAGACAAGGAUCCGGGUAAAACUAUGAAUUCUAUAGGAGUUUUGGAUAUAUUUGGUUUUGAAAAUUUCACCGACAAUAGUUUUGAACAAUUGUGCAUAAACUAUGCCAAUGAAAACUUGCAACAAUUCUUUGUGAAACAUAUAUUCAAGAUGGAACAACAAGAAUAUCAAAAUGAAAACAUCAACUGGCAGCAUAUUGAGUUCCAAGACAAUCAAGAAAUACUCGAUUUAAUUGGCAUGAAAUCGGUUAACAUUAUGUCUCUCAUCGAUGAAGAAUCUAAAUUCCCCAAAGGUUCCGAUCAAACCCUGCUCGAAAAACUUCAUGUACAACAUGGCACACGUUCGAUUUAUGUUAAACCUAAAUCUUCGCAGGAUUCUAAAUUCGGUAUACGUCAUUAUGCUGGCAUAGUUAUGUAUAAUCCUCAUGGUUUUCUCGAAAAGAAUCGUGAUUCGUUUAGCAUGGAUUUGGGUGAUAUGAUACAGAAGUCAAAGAAUAAAUUUUUGAAGGAUAUUUUCCCUCAGACUCCCAAACAUGAUACGAUGAAAAAACAGUUGACUUUAUCGGUGAAAUUUCGUAAUUCUUUGGAUUUAUUGAUGAAAACUUUGGCGGCGGCUCAUCCGUUUUUCAUUAGAUGCAUUAAGCCGAAUGAGAAUAAGCAGGCAAAUCAAUUCGACAAAGAACUAUGCAUACGACAACUUCGUUACUCUGGCAUGAUGGAAACUGCUCGCAUACGACGAGCUGGCUAUCCAAUACGUCACACAUACAAAGAGUUCGUAGAACGUUACCGACUCCUAAUGCCAAGUGUAGGCCCAAUAGAUAAAAUCAAUUGUCGUCAAGUGGCCCAGGAAAUAUGUAAGAACAUUUUACCCGUUAAAAGUGAUUAUCAAUUUGGCAAAACAAAAGUCUUCUUAAAAGACAACGAUGAUGUUUUCCUAGAAGAAGAACGUUCAGCUGUUAUACUCAAAUCUAUAAUAACCAUACAAAAAGGUUUUCGUAAGAUACUCUUUAAACGUUUCCUUGAGAAACAUCGUAAAGCUAUAGUGGUGAUACAGAAAACAUGGCGUGGUUAUAGAGAACGUAAGAAUUAUGUUGUUAUGCAGAGAGGAUUCCAUCGUUUGGCAGCCUCUAUAGCUUCUAGAGAUUUAACUUAUCGUUUUACUCUAAUGAGAACACGCAUAAGACUUUUGCAAGCACACUGUAGAGGUUAUUUGGUGAGAAAAGAAUUUAGAGCCAAAUAUGCUUUACGUUUAGCUAAAGUAAGAGAAUUAAGGCUCUUGAGAAGCCAAGAAGAAGAACAGUAUCGUAAAGCUAAAGAACGCAAUUGGAAGGAACAUGCCGAAGAGAAUUACCAGAAACGUUUAAGAGGUAUUGAUCCUUUGAUUAAAACCACACCCACCACCCCAGCCGUUGUAGUUCAAACUAAUGGUUAUGCCAAACAGGAAGAAUUCAAUACAGAUAAUUACAUUGAUGUGGAAUCAUCGAAAAAAGUGGUCGACGAUGUAUUUGGUUUUCUGGAUGAGGCUGAUCCCUCCAAAAAGUCCAUUUCAACUGGUGGCACUAUACGUCUACCCAAAUCAAAAGUGCCCAGCAUUGAUGCCUCCGAAUAUGGUUUUGCCAAAUUUGCUGCCACCUACUUCAAUUCGGGUGUAACAGGUCAAUAUAGUAAAAGACCCUUGAAAAAAUCUUUACUCGAUCAUGAUUUGCCUCUAGAUGAAAUAGCCGCUCAGUCAAUAUGGAUAAUAAUACUUCGUUUUAUGGGCGAUAUGGCUGAGGCCAAAUACGCUGACGAAGAUGACGAUACACAAAAAUUUGGCACUGUCAAGUCGAGUGUCAUGCAAAGAUUAACACAAACUCUAUCACGGUCAACCGUUCAAAGUAAAGAAUUUCAGGAGGCCUUAGCAGCCAUGGGUGAGAUGGAUCAGCAAAGAAAACUUAUACGUAAAACUUUGAAAAGAAAAACCAAACUACCAGAUAUAUUACGCAAGGCCUUAGAUAAUUCAGAUGAAAUUGAAUACUAUCAGCAAGUGUUAAAUACCAGAAUGAGUAAUUUGGACAAAUUACAUUUUGUAAUAGGACAUGGUAUAUUGAAACCGAAUUUGAGAGAUGAAAUUUUAUCGCAAAUUUGCAAACAACUAAGCAACAAUCCCUAUCGUACUUCCUUUGCCAAAGGCUGGAUUUUACUUUCGCUCUGCAUUGGUUGCUUUCCGCCUAGUUCUCGAUUUGAGCCCUAUUUAAGGUGCUUUCUGCAACAUGGCCCCGAAUUGUAUGGUUCCUAUUGUGAAAAUCGUUUAAAUCGUACUCUCAAAAAUGGUUCACGUACUCAACCUCCCUCCUGGUUGGAGUUGCAAUCAACACGCAAUAAAACACCCAUAACAUUGGAAAUUCUUCUCAUGGAUGGUGGUGUGAAAAAAUUACAAAUAGAUUCAGCUUCCACAGCUAAAGAAGCCGUACAACAAUUGUCCGAGAAUAUGGGUUUAAUCGAUUUCUUUGGUUUUUCUCUGGUCAUAUCGAUCUAUGAUAAAAUCAUGUCUUUGGGCAAUGGCAGUGAACAUAUUAUGGAUGCCAUUUCAAAUUGUGAACAAUAUGCCAAGGAACAGGGCUACAAUGAGCGCAAAGCACCGUGGAAAAUGUAUUUGCGCAAGGAAAUGUUUAGCACUUGGUAUGAUCCAAGUCAGGAUCAGCUGGCGACGCAUUUAAUUUAUAAACAGAUUUGUCGAGGUCUUAACUAUGGUGAAUACCGUUGUCGUACAGAGAAAGAUGUGGCCAUGAUUUGUGCUUUGCAAUAUUAUGCCGAACAUGGAGGAGAAAUGAAAGAUGAAAUUCUUCGCAAAUGCAUACCAGACUAUGUGCCCAAGGAUCUAUUAAUAUCUGGCGAGAAGGCAUUCAAGUCUUGGGAAUCUCUUAUACGUGAAACCUAUAGCAAAAAUGACUAUGUAAAACAGCGAACUCCUAGACAAACAGCCAAAGAAGAUAUUUGUCUAUAUGCCCACUUAACAUGGCCCAUGAUGUUUUCACGAUUUUUCGAAGCACUGCGUACAGCAGGACCUAAACUUAUGUCAGAUCAAAUAGUAAUUGCCAUCAAUUCAAAUGGUGUAUAUUUUGUCGAUGAAAUGGAACAGGUUUUGGCUGAACUAACCUAUGCUGAAAUAUCGAAAAUUUACUCGGAAGUAGAUCCAAAUUCUAAUAUAGAUAUUUUACAUAUUGAUACGGUACAAAAGGAAAAUUUCACCUUUAAGUGUUAUGAGGCCAAAGACGUACAGGAAUUGAUAGAGUUUAUGUGUAAAAAUAUUAAAAUGAGAUCGAAAUAUGUUAUGGCAAUGGAAGAUUUUAAACCCGACGAUAGUUUACUGGAAUCAAAACAAUGUUUAUUUUUACUUAGAGGAGAUCUUUUGCAAUUAGACAAUGGUGUCACAGGCUCUAGUAUAAUGGAAGCAACUAAUCAACAGUGGUUUAAGGGAAUUUGUAACAAUGAAAAGGGAGAAUUUCCAGGAAAGGCAGUAACGGUUUUGGCUUGUAUCUCUAAGCCCUCGGAAAGGAUUAUAAAAAUUUAUAAGGAUUUAAGUACAGAAACACCCACAAAACCCAUGAGAGCUAAAUAUAAUACCAUACAAAGAAAGAAAAUGCACAAUCUAAAGAAAUUUGCAGAAGAACAUUUUAGAGCGAAUUUGAGUGCUCGCAGAGGUUCUGCAAGUGGUUUGCAUAGUGCGCGUUCUGAUGGCGAUGAACUGUGGCGUCAUACACGUAAUUUAUUAAAAGCUCCUUUACUAAAACAAUUACAACAUGAAGAGGAACUAUUUGAAUUGGCAGUUAUAAUGUUUCAGAAUAUAUUAAAGUAUAUGGGUGAUAUACCCAGCGGUAAGCAGCCUACCAAUACAGAUUUCAUAUUCAAACCUUGUCUGGAGCAUGAUCAACUUCGGGAUGAACUAUAUUGUCAACUAAUGAAACAGCUAACGGAUAAUAAUGCUAACUAUAGCGAAGAAAGAGGUUGGGAUCUAAUGUAUUUGGCUACGGGCUUAACAUUUCCCUCUGGUGUUGUUAUGAAAGAGUUAUUAGAGUUCCUAAGAACUAGACCUCAUGUAUUGGCGGCAGAAUCUUUGAAACGAGUUAAACGUACCCUGGCUAAUGGUCAGAGAAAAUAUCCUCCUUAUAUUAUAGAAGUUGAGGGCAUACAACAUCGUUUUAUGCAUAUUUAUCAUAAGAUAUAUUUUCCUGAUGCCACUGUUGAAGCUUUUGAAAUUGAAUCCUUUACCCGAGGUUCAGACUUAGCGAAAGCUAUCGGCUCGAGGCUCAAACUUAAAUCUUUAGAGGGUUUCAGUUUGUUUGUUAAAAUUGGCGACAAAGCCUUUUCAAUUCCCGAAAAUGAUUUCAUAUUCGAUUUUAUAACUGAACUAAUGCAGUGGAUUAAACAAAAUAUGCCCACCCGAUCAUUAGAUAGCCAGCAAACAUGCCCCUAUCAAUUGUAUUUCAUGAAGAAACUUUGGAUCAAUACUACACCCGGCAAAGAUCGUAAUGCCGAUGUAAUAUUCCAUUAUCCCCAAGAAGUACCCAAAUAUUUGGCCGGUUAUUAUAAAACCAAUAAAGAAUUGGCUUUACAAUUGUCUUCACUGAUUUAUGUGGUCGAAUAUGGUCAGAACUUUAUACCAUUGCAAAAACCGCAUGAAAUACUGAAACUUAUAAUACCAGAUGAUAUUUUGCCAAUAAUGAAAUCUCAAGAAUGGAAGACACAACUUGUAAAUCGAGUAAAAGAUUUGCUAUUGAGUGGUGUGGAGGGUGCUAAAGCUAAGGAGAAAUUUUUGAUGCUAUUGGCAGAACAGGAAAUGUUUGGUUCCACAUUCUUUGUGGCCAAACAGACUAAUGAUGAUAGUAUGCCGGAAUUGAUAUAUUUGGCUAUAAAUCGUAAAGGUUUUCAUAUUAUAGAUCCCUUAACUAAGAAUACUUUGCAAUCCUACGGUUACAGUGAACUAAGUUUCUGGAGUUCGGGCAAUACCUACUUCCACAUACGUUUUGGCAAUAUGAUAGGAGCCUCUAAAUUGCUCUGUUCCACUACCCAGGGUUACAAAAUCGAUAAUUUACUUUCUUCUUAUAUUAAAUAUUUAAAUGAUAAACAAUAAAUUUUAAUUAAAAA